AUGUCACAGAAGCGAACAAUUGACGCCUUCUUUGGACCUCCUCCAAAGCGGUCCCGUAGCGAUGUCACCAAAGGAACAAUCAUUCCGGAAGAGCAAGAUGAAACAAUUCUCAAAACUCACCAUCCGAAUUACCCAUUCCCAAUUGCCGAACUUCCUGCAUCUAUAAGCAAAGAGCUGUCAUCUCUACCAGCUCGGCCUCCUCGGACCGUCAACAAUGAGCCAGACCUAGAUCUCCUCUACUUCGAGCCUUAUGUGCCGGAUUAUCUAGCACGCCAGCUUUUCCAGUUCUUACGAGCAGAGUUACCGUUUUACAAGGUAGAAUGGACUACAGUCUUUGGUCUUGACGAAACAUCAAAGUUCGACAAAGAAGGCGUCGUGGUAGACGCAAUGACAGGAGUCAAGGUUUCGUCAGAUAGACGUUACGACAAAUACCCCCCUCGACCCAUCCCUAAAUGCCUCGACGACCUUCGCCAGUCCACCGAGGCGGCUACGGGGUGCAAGUUCAACUUUUGCCUGGUCAACUACUACUCUUCGGGUGCGGAUAGCAUCUCAUUCCACAGCGAUGACGAAAGGUUCCUUGGCCCGGAUCCUGCCAUUGCCUCCUUUUCGUUGGGCGCGCGACGGGACUUUCUCAUGAAGCAUAAACCAGUUGCGGCAGGCCAAGGCGAAACCCCAGCUUCCAAGUCGCCUACGCUGAAGUUCCCCCUGAAUAGCGGCGACAUGAUACUUAUGCGAGGCAAGACACAGUCCAACUGGCUUCAUUCCAUACCGAAGCGCACGGGGAAGAACCAAGAAGACGGGGGCAGAAUCAACAUUACGUUCAGAAGGGCCAUGGUCAAAGGGGGGACGGAAAAUUAUUACAACUAUAAUGUCGGGAGUGGUCCCGUGUAUCGCUGGGACAAAGCGAGCGGCGCUAUGAUGCCCUGGAAGCCCUCAUCAAAAAGUUAG